CUCACAUCAGUGGCACAAUUUACGUCGCCGCCCUGCAGGCUGGCAGCCCUCCUGCGGAAUUUCAGCUGGUCGGAAUUUUGUGGAUGUAGGUGUCCCAUAACUAUCACAGAGUUAUGGCCCCUCAGUAUUGACUUUAUUCACCAUCUAUGAUGAAGCGGUGUUUUCCAGUUCGCGGACCCGGGGUUCAGUCCAACCGCCAAACCGAAGAGGCUUCGGACCGAAAUGCAUAUUUGACAUUGGCUACCCUGAAUCCUGAAUUAUAGUCUGGUCGAAUCCGAGUCUCCGAAUAGCCAAGGUACCACCAUACUGACCGCUCACUCAAGUUUUUUGGACGAGAUUUAUCUCGACUUUCCAAAUGUCAAGCCACUCAUUUAACCAGUCAUUCCUUUCAAUUACUUUAACACAGGGUAGCACAGACUCGCUGCGUAAGGGCGACAUCGAGACGAACCUUCAAUUAGAGGAAAAACAAAUUACCGAGGAGCUCAAUCCAAAAGAAAGAGCACGCAUCCUGCGUAAGCUCGAUUGGCAUUUGUUACCAUUUGUGUCACUAUUAUACAUGUUGUCAUUCUUGGACCGGGCCAAUGUUGGAAACGCGAAAGUCGCCGGCAUGUCUAAAGAUUUGCAUUUGAUCGGCUUCAGGUACAACAUUGCUGCGGCCGUCUUCUUUACACUUUAUAGCUUUGCUGAGGUUCCUUCGAAUAUCGCGCUGAAGCUAUUCAGACCAUCACGUUGGAUACCGGUUAUCAUGAUGGCUUGGGGUCUCGUGAUGACCCUUAUGUGUCUCGUCGAUUCAUUUCGAUCUCUUGUCAUAGCUCGACUAUUUCUAGGCUUGACAGAAGCAGGUUUAUUCCCUGGAGUGACCUACUACAUCUCUCUCUGGUACCCACGAUCUGAACAGUCCAAGCGCAUCGCGAUAUUCUUUUCUGCAGCAACAGUCGCAGGUGCUUUUGGUGGACUCCUUGCGUAUGGUAUCGAGCAUCUGGAAGGCAUCGGAGGAUUACAUGGUUGGCAAUGGAUUUUCUUAUUAGAGGGUGUUGCCACCCUUCUCGUAGCAUGUUCCUCGUUUUUCUUCAUGCACGAUUAUCCCGAGACGGCUAAGUUUUUGACCGAGACUGAGAGGGCAUACGUGAUAGAUAUGCUCAAGCAGGAUGCGAAUAAUCUCGCAACACACUACCAUAUUCGAUUUGUCUUGCAGGCCAUGAAAGAUUACAAGACUUACGUUCAAGCUUUUAUCUACAUGGGGUUGCUCGUCCCUGUUUAUGCCAUUGCUCUCUUUACGCCGACUAUCAUCAAUGAGCUCGGCUAUUCCACUACCCAUUCUCAGUUGCUCUCAGCCCCACCAUUCAUUGCAGGAUGUAUUGCUACGAUUUUAGUUGGGAUCUAUUCCGACAAGUACCAAAUUCGCGGCCCAUUUAUCAUUGGUGGCGCCCUCGUAGCUAUUGUAGGAUAUAUCCUGCUUUAUAGUGAUGGGCGAGCAGGCACGUCGUAUACCGGAGCCUGUCUAGCUGCUAUCGGUGUCUAUCCAACAAUCGCAGUCGAUCUUGCUUGGGCAGGCUCAAAUGCAGGAGGCGACUUAAAGCGUGGAGUUGUGAUAGCGAUGGUCAUUGGCCUUGGAAACCUGGGAGGUAUCUGCUCUUCAUUCGUCUACAUUGAUCCGCCGAACUUCCACAUUGGGCAUGGUACUAUCAUGGGAUUUCUUUUUCUCUCAAUUUUGCUGAGCUUGUUCGCUAUGUGGGACUAUAGGAGGCUUAAUAAAAAGAAGGAAGCGCAGUGUAAGGCGGAAGGUCUUAGUGACAGCAGGAAACAUGAAUUUAGGGAUAUGGGCGAUGCCAGUCCGUUGUUCAGAUAUUCCAUAUAAAAAACAUGCGCCUACCCAAGCUGUCUUUCAACAUCAUUUGAUCGUAGAUCCCAAUUAAUCCUAAGUUAAACAAUACAUUUAUAUAAAUUAAGAACCGUGAUAUUACACCAUAGCUACCUCGUCGAACAUUUCACAAGGCUGGCACCUUCUGCGCUUUGCUCAAAACCGCUUGUCUCUAUCAUCAA